AUGAACCCCUUUGUGACAGAGAUUUUCAAGCGCAUUGGUGGCGGGGCUUCCAAACCAGACCAUUACAAGAAGCAGUUUACUGUCACUUCCUGGGAGAUCCAGACAGUUAUGUGCCUGCUGCUGCUUGUGGAGCUUGCCAGGCAGACGGACUGUGUGAAAAUGAGUGGACGAGGAAAAGGUGGUAAGGCUAAGAGCAAACCCAAGUCUCGCUCGUCCCGCGCCGGACUGCAGUUCCCGGUGGGCCGAGUUCAUAGACUCCUGAGAAAGGGUAAUUAUGCUGAGCGGGUGGGUGCCGGAGCCCCGGUCUAUCUGGCUGCUGUGCUCGAGUAUCUGACGGCUGAAAUUCUCGAGUUGGCCGGCAACGCGGCCCGAGACAACAAGAAGACGCGCAUCAUCCCCAGACACCUGCAGCUGGCCGUCCGCAACGACGAGGAGCUCAACAAGCUGCUGGGAGGAGUGACCAUCGCUCAGGGCGGGGUGCUGCCCAAUAUCCAGGCCGUGCUUUUGCCCAAAAAGAGCGGCGGACCCACCAACCCCAAGGGGAAAUAA